CACCCUUUUUUUUGGUGUAUCUAGAAAUGUCGUAAUGAUGUUUCUUUUUAAAAAUACUAUAAGCCAAUAUUAAUAGUAUUUAUAUUUGUCCAUUUCGAGUAAUAAGUCUAUUCCUCCUAACGACCGAUCCUCCACUACUAUUAUAUCUUUCCCCUCCCUUUGUGGGCACUAUAAACUCAAUUUAAUUCUACAGAAUUUGAAAUGAUCUUGCAAAAAGAAGUUCCUCGUCUAAUCCGUGUAUCUUAAAUUUCUUUUUAUUAUAUAAAAAAAAAAAAACCAAAAAAAAAAAAAAUCUCCUUAGUUUGUUGUCAACCAAAUUAAGAAAAACUCGAGUUGGGCGUAGAAUUUUUCCCAUUGCAUUCAGAUUCCGCCAUCUCAAUCCCCAGUUUCCCACUUCUGAAGAGACCACCGUCGCCCAAAUGGGUUGCGCAUCCUCUGCACCUGAUAGAACUACUAGAGGUCCAAAUGGUCUUAAUCCUGGCACUGAGGGUCCUUCCGAUGCCAAAAAUUUGAAAGUUAAGCUCGUGCUUCUUGGGGAUUCUGGUGUUGGAAAAAGCUGUAUUGUUCUUCGUUUUGUACGUGGUCAGUUUGACCCUACAUCCAAGGUGACUGUUGGAGCGUCUUUUCUUUCGCAAACAAUAGCAUUGCAGGACUCAACUACUGUUAAAUUUGAAAUCUGGGAUACUGCUGGGCAAGAAAGGUAUGCUGCGCUUGCUCCACUUUAUUAUCGAGGAGCUGCAGUUGCAGUUGUUGUAUAUGAUCUAACAAGUCCUGAGUCAUUUACUAAAGCUCAAUAUUGGGUAAAGGAAUUGCAAAAACACGGGAGUCCUGAUAUAGUCAUGGCUUUGGUUGGGAACAAAGCUGAUCUUCUAGAUCGUAGAGAAAUACCUGCUGAGGAGGGAAUUGAAUAUGCCGAGAAGAAUGGGAUGUUCUAUAUUGAGACCUCGGCAAAGACAGCUGAUAACAUAAAUCAACUCUUUGAGGAAAUUGCUAAGCGGCUUCCUCGGCCUGAAUCAUCAUCGUAGUUGGACCAGAGAGGAACAUUCUAACAAAUGGCAAAAUUUCAAGAACGCCACCGUUGUAUAAAUUUCCAAUAUAGCUUGUUCAAUUUAUAUGGUAUGUUUAAGGUGCUUGUAUUGUCAUUAGGAAAUUGGAUUUUAAGUUGAUGUACAGUCAGUCGCAAGAGUGGGAUGACUUAAUGUAAUGCAUACCCUUAUUAACUUGUUUUAUCAUCAAAUAUUCAUGUUAAUUAUUUGUCAAUAAUACUCUGGACCUCUGGAUAUCUGUUGAAUAACCCCUCUCGGCUUGUUCCUUGUGUUAUGAUAAUCAGUAUGUCCUGUAAAUCUUAUUUA